GGUUCGACAAUUCUUCUGGAGAUUACGACAAAAACAUUUUCUGACAGUGUCAUGAUGUCUGAAAUUUGGUGAGAGUUCCUUCAAAUGAGAGAAAAAAUGCAACAACAGAGUCUAAGGCUGAGAAGAGUAAAUCUGUAUAAAAGAAAAUAAGAUUCCCAGAGGUUUGGAGGAAAUGGAAAAGUUACAUGAAAUACAGGAUGUAAAUUAUUUAAACAAUUUUCAUGAGACAUUGUGGGAGAUGCGCAACAAGGGUCAUCUAUGUGACAUACAUUUACUACUGGGUAACACAUCCUAUCAGGCCCAUAGUUGUAUCCUUCAAUGUACCUCCACCUUCUUCACUUCAACCCAAGUUGAAAGAAAUGAGAACAAUUUCCAACUUCCUAAUGAGAUCAACUGCGCUGAUUUUAUGGUGGUACUUAGAUACAUAUACACUGGGAAGUUAUAUAUUAACAAAUGGAAUUAUGAAUCUAUUUUACAUACAUGUGAAAUCUUAAAGUUAGCAUCUGUUGAUUCAUUUGCCAAACAGUCUCUACUUCCUACCAACAGAGCUAGUGAUACUGAACAAAAAACAAAUACAAGUGAUGUUUCACCAGGAACAAGAAUUACUGAUGCUCAUCCAAAUAGAAGUGCAAUUGAUAUUCCUACAAAUGCAAGUUUAAGUGAUACUCAUCCAAAUAGAAGUGCAAUUGAUAUUCCUACAAAUGCAAGUAUAAGUGAUACUCAACCAAAUA